GUUGUGGCAUGAUAUGGUAUGGUGAGUGAGACUUAUCCUUAAGUUAUUAUUAUGAAUAUACACUUUUUUUUUAAGUGACUUAUUUGAAAAUUUUAUUUGUUAUGUGAACUGAUCAAGAAAGUGUCGAGCCGGUGUUAAGAGUUUGACUUUGUAAAGACUAAGUUUGAAUUCUCUUGAAAACAAUCGUAAAAAGAGGAUUCACAUACCGAGAAUAUUUUGUAAAUAUUAACUCUACUCAACAUACCGAAGUUGACAAGAGGGUUCACAUAAGACUCGAAACAGACAAUACCUCGAAAAAGCAGUAGCAGCGUCGGAUGAAACCAUCCAAAAUCUUUGGAAGUGAAGAGGAAUGUGAAAGCAGUGAAUCGGGAUGGACCAUGUAUAUUGGGUCCCACAUAGAAGAUGAUAAUGAUGGAGAUAUUGAUAACAUCAUGGAUGAUGAAGGAACUACUCAUCAAGCUGAUCCAGAAGAUGAUGAAAGUGAUGAUUCUAUGGUUUCUGAUGCUUCUUCUGGGCCAAUUCAUCAACAUGGGAAAGACUAUGGUUUCAAGCAAGUGGUGGUUGAAGUUGAAGUUGAAGAGAAUCAAUAUGAUGAUGAAAACAAGUAUUGCUUAGAGAAGAAAGCAAAUAAAACUUUGGAAAAGCAAAGGAACGGAAAGAAAGUGGAAAACAAAGAGAAGAAGUUUGAGGAUGGUAAUGGUAAAGGCAAGCCUUCAGUUCAAGGUGGUGGCAAGGUGAGAAAAAGGAAAUAGGCUUGAUUUUUCGCAUGAAUUGAACUUAGCAUCUUGAGAUUUACAAUGCUAACGCACUACGCAUCAACCACCUGCGCUAGAUUCCGGUGAUAUGUAUUUUCUGAUUAACAGAUAGUUUAUUAGUAUGUUUUUAGCUUCAUUUUAACUAAAUAAUAGCUUUAAUUCCAGUGUUGUACUGUUUUGUGUUUUUGGAUUUGUUGUUAUGAUGUUGUUGAAAUUUGAA